AUGUCGAGCGGGGCGCCGGGCAGCUCCGUCUCCGACCCGCAGCACGCGGCGCGGCUGCUGCGGGCGCUGAGUUCGUUCCGGCAGGAGGGCCGCUUCUGCGAUGCCAACCUGGUGCUGGACGGUCAGGAGAUACCCGUGCAGACCAACAUCUUGGCCGCCGCCAGCCCCUACGUGCGAACAAAACUGAACUACAACUCUCCCAAGAAUGAUGGAUCCGUGUAUAAAAUUGAACUUGAAGGGAUAUCUGUGGAGACCAUGAAAGAGAUUCUGGACUACAUCUUCAGUGGUCAGAUUAAGCUAAGCGAAGAGACUAUCCAAGAUGUGGUACAAGCUGCUGACCUGUUGCUGCUUACAGACCUAAAAAAGCUCUGUUGUGAGUUUCUGGAGGGUUGUAUUGCUGCUGAGAACUGUAUUGGCAUUCGGGACUUUGCCCUACACUACUGCCUGCUCCACGUACACUACUUGGCCUCGGAGUAUCUGGAAACGCACUUCCGUGAUGUCAGCAGCACAGAAGAAUUCCUAGAACUCAAUCCUCAAAGGCUAAAAGAAGUGCUGUCUUUGGAGAAGUUAAACGUUGGGGAUGAAAAACAUAUUUUUGAAGCAGUCAUUCGGUGGAUUUCCCAUGACCCUGAAUUAAGAAAGGUUCAUAUGAAGGAUGUUAUGUCAGCUGUGUGGGUCGCUGGAUUGGACUCUACCUACCUGCGUGAACAAAUGAUGAAUGAGCCAUUGGUUCGGGAGAUUGUCAAAGAAUGCAACAACAUUCCACUCACCCCACCCCAGCAAGAAGAGGCGUUGCUGGCUUCUUUUAAACCCCGAGGAUACUCGGAGUGCAUCGUGACUGUCGGGGGUGAAGAAAGAGUCUCCAGGAAGCCCUCAGCCGCAGUGCGAUGCAUGUGCCCUUUGUACGAUCGUCACAGACAAUUGUGGAUAGAGCUGGCUCCUAUGAGUACAGCCAGGAUAAACCACAGUGUACUUUCUGCAGAGCCAAACCAGACAGUUGUAGAGAUGCAGAUGAUAGACUCAAUAAUUCCUCUCUAG